GUGGCCCUUAGGGAGUCAGUCAGUAGGUCAGUGUGUCCGGGUAGGUCUACGUGGUGAGGAGUGGGACCCCUGUCGUGCACCAACACCACAAUGGAUGACUAUCCGAUGUAUGGGCUACUUGCGGGGUUCUCCCUCUGGGGGACCCUCUGGCGUCUCCUCUUUCAUCUGGGCUUUUGGCCCACUCUCACGUGUAGAGUAGGGCCCACUCGCGGUGGGACUUCCACCACCCCUUACACGAAGGAGGAGGAGGAGAAGAUGGCCGCCAUUUUGCAGGAGAAGAAGGAGAAGAAGGAGGCCAAGAAAAAGGCCUUGAGGGAGGAGCAGGCGGCCAAAUUAAAGAAGAUGGAAGAAGAGAUGGCCAGGGAGAAAGAGAAGUUGAAAAAGGAAGAAGAAGAGAAGCUGAAGGAGGUGGAUGAAGAAGAGGAAGGACCGCCACUGCAAAGGAGUAGUGGGCAGCCCAGUAGUAAUACUGGUGGAGACUUAGAGAAGAAGAUAUCUGAAUGGGUUGCCAACCUGGCUGUGGGAGAAGAGGAAGAGGUUAGUAUGUACAUCCCGCAGGAUCAGCAAGAAGCCGCCAUGAAGGCUUGGGAGGCAGAGAAAGACCCUCUGAAACGUCAAGCGUUGGAAGACGAGAAGAAGGCCUUAGAGGAAGUGAAGAAUAUAGAGGCGCAAUUAGCCGCCCAGCCCGAUCUCCCAAAUCAAAUGCGAGUCAUAGCUCGAAGCGUUGUAUGCCUAGCACGGGUUCAGGCAGACCAAUAUGACUUUAGCAGAAGCCAGGACAUAGCGGUGCGCUCGAUACGGUUGGGCUUUCGAGACUUUGCUCGUGAGCUGGUAGGCGGCGUUGGAGUUGAGGUGGGUAAUCGCCUCGACAAGACUGAGCGGUUCUGCGCCAGCGCCAUUGAAGGCGUUAAGGCGGCAGCUCCCAAGGAGGAGGAAGCACGUCUUCCUCGCCGGGAGUCUGUCCAGAUCAAGUUCCCCGAUUCCUACAGCGGGAAGAGGGAGGAAAACUUUGACAAUUGGGAGGCCAACGUUAAGACCUAUGUGCACUUGCAAGAGGUCUCCCUAGAUCAGCAAGUCUUAAUUGCUAUCCACGCAUUGAGAGAUGAGGCCGCUAGUUUUGCAAGGUCCCUAGUUCGCGCUGCCAACUGUAGUGAUGAUCCCGUUGCGUACUCCUCAUUUACGUCCCUCACCGAAUUUMUGAAGUUGCUGCGCGAGCGAUUUGCUGAUGUCGCUCGCGGUGUCAAGGCCUCAGACAAGCUSCAAASCAUCCAUUSUCGUAAAUGGAAGAGUGCCAGGGCACUCAAGGGUACAAUGGAUGAGUUGGUGGCCGUCCCUAACCAUGGGGUCACAGAGGGCCAGUUGGUCAACCUCUUUUACCGGGCUAUGCCCGAAGCCUUUCGAGGGCAGUUCUUCACAAAAAGCGAAGACCCUGCCACCACUUACGAUUCUCUUAGUCGCGAGGUGGUCUUGGAAAAGUUGAGGGAAGCUAACUUCAAGAUCAAUGCAAAGAAGUGCGAUUGGGCGAAGACCCAAGUUUUGUAUUUAGGCCACGUCUUAGACGGAGAUGGCGUUAAGCCAGAGGAUAGCAAGAUCACAGCGAUUAGAGAUUGGCCCACGCCACGUACGCUGAUAGGGUUGCGCUCGUUCCUGGGCUUAGCAAAUUACUACAGGAAGUUCGUGAGAAACUUCUCCACCAUCGCUGCGCCCCUUCGCAGAUUGCUAAGAAAAGAGACAAUCUGGAAGUGGGACAAGGACUGCACGUCUGUCAUGAAGAAGCUAAAGCACGCAUUGAUAGAAUACCCGGUCCUUAAGGUCGCCGAUCCGUCCUUGCCUUUUGUCGUUACUACGGAUGCUAGCYAGUACGGCAUAGGCGCAGUGUURCARCAAGACGAUGGCAAUGGGUAUAGACCCGUAGAGUUCAUGUCCGCCAGAAUGCCUUCAGAGAAGGUCGCGACAUCUACCUAUGAGAGGGAACUCUACGCUYUCAGGCAAGCGUUAGACCAYUGGAAGCACUACUUGCUUGGGAGGCACUUYAAAGUAUAUUCUGACCAUGAAACGUUACGAUGGUUAAAGACGCAGGCCAAGAUGACACCUAAGCUUACUAGGUGGGCCGCCAAGAUAGAUCAGUACGACUUCGAGCUCAAGCCUGUCAAGGGGAACUACAACGUAGUUACGGAUGCUCUGAGUAGGAGGGCAGAUUACUUCGGGGCGAUAGUGCAUUACCUCGAUAUAGGGAAAGACCUGCAGCAAGAGGUUAGAGAGGCCUAUGCACAGGACCCUAUCUAUAGUGACCUCCUUAAGAAAGUCAAAGAGGCCCCAGAGACUGAGCUGAAUUACCGCACUACUGAAGGAUUGCUAUUUGAGAAGACUAAUGUCUUUGACCGGCUGUGCAUAGGGAUGAAGAAUGACCGCGUAGAGUAUGUUCGCAGUUGUAAGGCAUGGCAAGAGCCAAGUCAUGGUCAUAGUUGACCGCUUUAGCAAGUACGCAGUUUUUAUUUCUUUGCCUUCUGAGGCGCGUACUGAUUUAGUCAUACAGAGGUUCUUUGACUGUUGGGUUAGUGAGAAUGGAAUCCCGCUGUCUAUAGUUAGCGAUAGAGAUAGUCGCUUUACUAGCCAGAACUGGCAAGAACUCAUGGGAGUAUACGGAUCUAAGUUGUUGAUGUCGUCCGGCCGCCAUCCAGAGACUAACGGUCAGACAGAGCAAAUGAACAAAAUCCUACAGCAAGU